ACCGCCGAGGGAGGUCUCUACUGGUUCGGUCGUACACAACAUGGCGGCUCCUACAGAUGCUGCGUCCAGUGAUCUCUCCAAGCCCGUAGAUGACAACUUAUUGCAAUCAUUUUUCACAGAAGUGAAAGAAAUCGAAAAGCGUGAUUCUGUGCUGACUCCCAAACAACAAAUCGACCGCCUGCUGAGACCUGGGUCGACCUAUUUCAACCUAAACCCCUUUGAGGUUCUCCAGAUCAGCCCUGAGGCACCUAUAGAAGAUGUCAAGAAGCAGUACAGAAGGCUUUCCAUAUUGGUGCAUCCAGACAAAAACCCUGAUGACCGUGAACGGGCGCAGAAGGCUUUCGAUGUCAUCAACAAGGCGUACAAGAGUCUCGAGGAUGAGCAGCAGAGGCAGCGAGCGUUAGAGGUGAUUGAAGAGGCCAAGGGUCGCACAGACAUGAUGGUCGAGGAGAAACGCAAGAAGCAGCGCAAGGCAGGCAAGGGUGACAAAGUGGAGGAAGAUGACCCCGAAAAGUACAACCAUGCAGUCUACGUGCUGACAACAAAACUGUUCGCAGACAUGGAACGCAAGCGGAGGCAGCAAGAAGACAGGGAUCAGGAAGAGAGGAAAAGAAAGCGGGAAGCUGAGAUUCGGGAACAAGAAAAGGCACAGCAAGAGAAGGAGUGGCAAAAAAAUUACGAGGAGAGCCGCGAGAACCGUGUGUCAAGCUGGAAGAACUUUCAGACUGGCAAAAAGAGCAAGACCUACAAACCACCAAAGCACAGGGCCGAAACUCGCUGAUGGCCCUGCAUCGCAGGGAUGUGUUUUUGUCAAGAAGAGCAAGUCUGGGGUGGGAGAGGGGUACGUGUCUGAGACAUGUAUUAAAACAGAAAA